GCGGCGGCAGGGCCCCAGGGGCGGGAGCAGGAUGUGAGCAGAAUCAUCCAAGCCCUAAACAAGUGCCUUGCUGCUCUUCCUCGGCAGCUGCUCCGGAAUGUCGGGGGCAUCGGAGUGUCAGGACAGAUGCAUGGAGUCGUGUUUUGGAAAACAGGCCAAGGUUGUGAAUGGACAGAGGGAGAGGCCACCACUGUGUUGGAGCCCAGAGCCGUGAGCCACCUGGUCACUUGGCAAGAUGGCCGAUGUAGCAGUGAGUUCCUGGCUUCUCUGCCCAAGCCAGAGUCCCAUCUCAGUGUGGCCACGGGGUUUGGCUGUGCAACCAUCUUCUGGCUUUUGCAAAAUAGCCCAGAGUUCCUGAAGUUCUACGAUGCAGCCGGCACCAUCCAUGACUAUGUGGUUGCCAUGCUGUGUGGCCUGACAAGACCCCUGAUGUCUGAUCAGAAUGCCGCUAGCUGGGGAUAUUUCAACACCCAGAGCCAAAGCUGGAACUUGGAGAUACUGAGGGGUGUGGGUUUUCCCGUCCACCUGCUCCCAGACAUCGCUGAGCCUGGCAGUGCAGCAGGCAGAACUUCCCACAAGUGGUUUGAAAUCCCAAAAGGGACACAGGUGGGAGUAGCCCUGGGUGAUUUACAGGCCUCUGUCUAUUCCUGCAUGACCCAAAGGACAGAUGCAGUUCUCAACAUCAGCACCUCGGUUCAGUUGGCAGCCGCCAUGCCUUCAGGAUUCCAGCCGGCACAGACUCCAGACCCCAUGGCUCCAGUUGCCUACUUUCCAUACUUUGACAGGACCUACCUGGGGGUGGCAGCGUCCCUCAACGGGGGAAAUGUGCUGGCCACAUUCGUCCACAUGCUGGUUCAGUGGAUGGCAGAUCUGGGCCUGGAGGUUGAAGAGUCCACUGUGUAUUCACGCAUGAUCCAGGCAGCUGUGCCGCAGAAAGAUACCUGCCUGACCAUCACCCCAACAGUGCUGGGGGAGAGACACCUGCCAGACCAGCUAGCCUCAGUAACCAGAAUCUCCUCCUCCGACCUUUCCCUGGGACAUGUGACCAGGGCCCUGUGCCGAGGCAUUGUUCAGAAUCUGCACUCCAUGCUUCCUUUUCAGCAGCUCAUAGAGUGGGGAGUGGAGCGGGUGAUGGGCAGCGGGAGUGCGCUGUCCAGGAACGAGGUGCUGAGGCAGGAGGUGCAGAGGGCUUUCCCGUUGCCCAUGUCCUUUGGACAGGAUGUGGAUGCUGCUGUCGGGACAGGGCUGGUCAUGCUCCAGAGAAGCCUCAACCAGAAGGAGUCUAGUGAGCAAACUCUGCAGACUGCUACAAAUUUUACCUAAUUAACAUCUCUGACAACCUCUGGGUCAUCUUUUCCUGGACAGUUCUGUGGACAGCUUUCAAGCAAUGCUUGUCAUGAGGCACUGUCAUGGCCAAAACUUACCUUCAGGACAUACUGUAAUCAGCCAUGAGUUACCAACCAGAUCCAAAGUUAGUGUCUUCUAGAAGAGACCCACCUGGGAGGUGUUUGCAAAUGUAAAUGUGG